AACUCCCAGCUGCCUCUGCAGACAACAUGGGGGUGGUUUCAUUUAUUUACCUGUUGCAUUUAUAUCCCACCUGUUCCUCCAAGGAGCUCACAACAACCUUGUGAGGUAGGUUAGGCUGAGAGAGAGUUGCUGGUCCAAGGUCACCUAGUGAGCUUCAUGGCUGGGUGGGUGGGGGUCUCAGCACGGGUCUCCCAGGUCACAGUCCAAAAUGCUAACCACUAUGUCCCACUGGAUGGAGGCCAGAGGUUCCUCAUUUCUGUCUCAGAUCAGGUGUCUCCCAUGCCUGGAUGUAGCAUUUUAGAACCAUGGGGGAAUCAGUGCAGCAAAUGGGGAUGAUGGAUAGUUAGUCUCCAUCUUGUCUAGAGCGUUCAGAAAAGCUAAUUCUGCAGGCUGUGUGCAAAUGAAGAGAUUUGUAAAUGUUCCCGACAGACCUUUGAAACCAAACUUAUGAAGAUGUUGUGUUUUAAGAUCCUAAGGAGGUUCUUUUCAAAUUUAUGGUGAAAUUUUUCCCAGUGGAUCCGGGCCAUCUGAGAGAAGAGCUGACAAGCUCCCAGCGAGCUGAGGGAAGGGCCCCCACCCAUUUGUCGUCUGGCACAGAGCUACAGUGGUACCUCUGGAUGCGAACGGGAUCCGUUCCAGAGCCCCAUUCGCAUCCUGAGCAGAACACAAUCUGCGUCUGCGCGUGCAUGGGUCGCGAUUCGCCACUUCUGCGCAUGCGUGUGACAUCAUUUUGAGCAUCUACACAUGCGCGAGCGGCGAAACCCGGAAGUAACCCAUUCCAUUACUUCUGGGUUGCUGGAGAACGCAACCUGAAAACGCUCAACCCGAAGCGUCUUUAACCCGAGAUACCUGUUCACUCUCCAAAUCAAGAAGGAUCUGGCCUGUGGAAGACUGCCUUGCAGUGAUAACAGCUCGGCCCUGAUGGUAUCGCACCUUUUGCAGUCGGCCCUGGGAGAUUAUCACGAAGAAAUGGAUCAAAAGCACCUGGAAACGCACAAAUAUUUACUAAACCAAGAGUGUUUGGUGAACAAGAUCAUGCAUUACCACAAGAAACAUAUAGGCAAAACUCCUGCUGAAUCAGAUGUGCAGCUCUUGGACAUAGUGAGGAAGCUAGAGAUGUAUGGGAUCAGGCCCCAUCCAGCCAGUGACGGUGAAGGGACCCAGAUCAAUUUGGCUGUCACUCACAUGGGAGUCCUGGUUUUGCGGGGCAAUACGAAGAUUAACACCUUCAACUGGUCCAAAAUUCGCAAGUUGAGCUUCAAGCGGAAGCAUUUCCUGAUCAAACUCCAUGCCAACAUUUCGGCCUUGUGCAAGGAUACACUGGAGUUCACCAUGGCAAGCCGAGACACUUGCAAAGCCUUCUGGAAGACCUGUGUGGAAUACCAUGCUUUUUUCCGACUCUCUGAAGAGCCAAAGUCAAAACCCAAAGCCUUUUUAUGCAGCAAGGGCUCCAGUUUCCGAUACUGCGGAAGGACUCAGCGGCAGCUGCUGGAACAUGGGACAAAAGGAAAACUGAAGAGCCUGCCCUUUGAGAGGAAACACUAUCCCUCUCGGUACCAUGAGAGACAGUGCCGAUCCUCACCAGACCUACUUACAGAUGUUUCCAAACAAAUGGAGGACUUGCGGCUGGUCUACGGCACCAUAGGAGGCUACCACAGUGCCAAUGGAGUCCACAAUUCCGAGCCCAUGCUGGACAGCAGGCGGAGGAACUCUGCAGUGGAAGUGAUCUUUGCUGAUGAAUUGGAGCGGUCCAAGCCAGAAGCUGACCCAACGCUGUUGCCCCAUUCCCAAAGCAGCUCCACCUUCCCGUUGGUCUACACAGAGCUGGAACACGAUUGGGAGGCAGCCGACAUCUAUGAACAACGGGUCCCACUGACAUCCUUCCAGCCCAGCUACAAGCUGGCUGGGAACAGUAAAAGCACCUCGGUGGGCAACAUGAGAGAGAUGACCCCUAGGCAACAGCUGACUUACACCGACAUUCCCUACAGGGGCCCCAUUCACCAGCAACUGGACAUGGCUUCUCCUCAAGUCUUCUUUUAUGUGGACAGGCCUCCCCAGAUGUCCAGGCACACAGCAGUGGCAGGCCCUGCUGAGGAAACAGCCAGUGGGGUGAACAUGCUUGGUGCAUCACCCAUGAAGCCUUCCAGGAGAAGCCCAGGCAUGGCAAGAACAAGGGUGACUGAACCAGAGGUCCUGCCCAGAAUGACCUACCUUAGCAGCAUUAGCAUGGAGCAAGAUGAUGACGGAAGCGUCUUUGACUACAGCAUUCAAGACCAGACUCCCAAGAGGUCUUGGAGCCAGUCUGACAUGAAAAUGAUCAGAUUUCCCUAUGGCUCAGAGUUCCGGCCUCUAGGACCUUGUCCUGUCUUGAGCAGCAGGAAGGCUGAUAUUUUGCAGUAUGUGCUGGCCCAGCAAAGGUUCCCAGAACCUCCCAGGGCCCAGCGAACCCUGGAGCGCUAUGUGGGCAGUGGGACAGAAUCCAGCGACUCCGAUUCAGACAUGCUGCCAGAUUACUUUUCUCUCUACGGGAGGGUGGUGAAAGCACCCAGGGCACGGGUCCGCCUGUCUUCAGGGAGCCUACAGCUGGAGGGGGAGGAUGAAGAAGUUUGUCUCACUACUGCCAACACUGAGGACAGGACUUCACAGGGAGCAUCUAAUUAUUUUACGUAAAACAACAGGACUGAGUUAUGCCAGUAGAUCUUUGAAGGAGGUCCUUCCUUGGUCCUUGGGGUUAUGACUGGUUUUGCAGGAAUGAUUAAUUAAAACUUUGGGAUUUGAUAACAAGAGGAAUCUACCAAAGCAAAGGGCUCUGCAAAAGAAAGUGUGUGAGAUGUUAUAAGAAUAUUUAAAAAAUGGGGGGAGAGGGGAAGUUUACAUGCUUUCUCUUUGACAUAUCCCAUACUAUUGGGGGGGGGGGACGACGACAGGAUAUAGUUCCUAGCAUAGAAAACUAGUGUUGUAGCAGAUAUAUGGGAAUGGCUCAUCUUCCCAAAUAGAUAGCUCAUACAUCACCAAAAAGCUUGACAGUGUGACAUUUUUCUUUUAGGGGAAAGACUAAAAAGGGGGUGAUUAGUUUGUUAUAAUUAUCUAAACGAUGACAUGAUUGGGUGGGUGUGUCAUUUUCUAGCAUGUAUUUAAGUAUUCCCUUCUUUCUACAUAGGUUCCAGCAUGGAGAUGAAUUUUUAUAAGCCAUCAGGUAUAUGCCACAAGUAUUGUUAAUAAUUCCAAGUGUAUCACAAAAAGAAGGGCAAGUGCCAUUUUCAAAUGCUGAGAACUAGCAAUACUAAAGAUUUUAGCUAGGGGGUCCCAUGGCUAAGUACUACCAAUGUCUGAUUCAAGUUAAAUAUUGCUUAUUAACAGUUCUCAGGCCUGAAUGCUUUGCACUUCGGGUCACUCACUUUUACAGCAUGACGACUAGCAGUGGUCUUUCAAGUGCUUUUAAUACAUGAACUGUACCGAUCCCUUUCUUACUUUCCAUAUAUAUCUAAGCAAGUUAUAAUGCACUAGACUGGGAGAAAAAGUAACCUGUCUUUAUCUGGGAAUCUCUGCUAACUCCUGGUUCUGCCCAAUAACAAUAACUACUCAGAAUUUCAGGAAUCUGCCGGUGGGAUUAAGUGGUCAGUGCACACCACCCAAAGGAAAAGCUAGCCAGGAAGGUCUUUUUGCCUCCUUGUCCUAAAUGUCGCCUGGUUUCAAAAAUAAUCCACUUGCAAGCCUGAAAUUUAACUGUCCCUUUGUUGUGUAUGCAUGCAUACUUUGGGGCUACCCUGUGUACAUGGGACGCAGUCUCCUUUCGGGGGCGAAUGGAGAGAAACCACCAUUAAAAAGCCACCUUUUCUACAAAAGAGGCGUUCAUGGGGUGUGUGCUUUCUCUGACACCAUAGUUCCAAUGAAGAAGCAAUGGAUACAGAGCUUUCCGCACACAUAGCUGGGAGGCUUACAAGCUCCAGGCAGCCUCUCCAAGGAUUCUCCUUUCAUCCUUGGAGGAGACCUGGAAGCUCUUAUGGCCCACCUGGCCCACCCUCCCACAGACCAUAUGUAGGAUUGUGCCCCAAAGCACAGAAAAAGCAGAAUGCUCAUCUUUCCCCUUGAGCACAUGACGGCUUUAAAAGUAUGGCAUCACAGAAAUGAGGAUGAGGACCAAACAAGAUUACAGAACUUAAAUAUUUAUUUCUUUAAACCAUUCAACCUUCUGCUGCCCCCUUGCCUGCCCUUCCCCCAGCCCCCCAAAAAACACUGAAAGGAGCUUCAUCUAUAAACAGAUUUACAGGCCUAAUAGCUACAGAGAAGAGCACUAGAGUUCUGUUUCAGUGAUGCAGUUAUUUUGUGAAGCUUCAGAUCAACUGUAUAUUUACAACAUUUGCUGCUUUUACAUUUAUAAAAAUAUUUUUAUUUAAUCCAUAACAUUAUUGUUUUCAAAAACUAUGCCCAGACUUUUCCCCCCCCUCAGAUAUAAAUUUUAAUUGUGUUUCAGUUAUAUAGCGAUGAAAGCUUUUUUUU